CACUAUUUUUUCACAGUUAUCUAUAAUAAGUAAAAAAACUGUUUUUAAGAGAAUUUUUUUCACAGUUAUCUAUAAUUGCAGCAGCUCUCUUGUCCCCCUAUCUUCGCCCCCUGUCCAGACUAUGGCUUUCCAGAGCAUCACAGCAAACAAUUGCAGAAACCAAAGCAUCACAGCAAACAAAAUGGAUCAAAGCAUGACAGCAAACAAAAUGGAGUUGGUUGGUUUCUUUGGUCCCAAUUGCAGCAGCUGUCUUGUCCCCCUAUCUUCAUGCCCCUGUCCAGACUAUAGCUUUCCAAAGCAUCACAGCAAACAAUUCCAACACACACUCAAAACCCACCCCAAACUGAAACAAGUCAAGCACUCCAAACCAACUCAACCCCCCCCUAAGAGUUCAACUCAGUCACUCUAAAACUACUGCCCAAACAAUCAAACAACCGUUGUUUUAAAGAUUUAUAUGGACAUGAAAAAAUAAACACUUCCAUUCAAACGAAAUAAUUUGUACAUGGACAGGCUGGGUACUGUCCCGCUACACACAAAGGGAAUUGGGAACCCAUACAAUCCAUCAAUCUCACAUCAUAAAACAAAAAAACAAUUAGAAGAUGGCGAGAUGCAAAUAGAAUGUAUGACCCAAGGUUUACUGAGGAAUGGAGUGCGACAAAUAGAGAACAACUUUUUUGCUCAAGAAACUACUUUGGUGCUG